AUGGGAAACAAGAAAAUGACAGAGACUUUCAACAAGAAUUUUGUGUCUGUCUUCACAGUAAAAAUCUCUAAAACCAUCCCAAUAACAGGAGAAAGUCAACGUGCUACAAGGAGGGAGGAACAUAAAACAAUCACUAUCACCAGAGAAAAAAGGGACCAGCACAGGAAGAGGUCAUUCAGCCCAAGCAGAGCGUGUGGGCAGUUCCUCCCCAGGCGAGCAGUCGGACAGGUCCUGGUUGGACUGUCACAAGAGUGGAAAGGUGACACUCCACGAGAGGUGACAGCGCAGGAAGGUUCAUGUGUACAGAUUCCAUGUAAUUACAGUUAUCCAGCACAUUUAGUAGGGAGAGCACGUGUCGGAAUCUGGUAUAUGAAAUGGUACACAUGGAAUACAUGGUCAAGAGGGACCAUAGCCUUUCACUCUAAGGAUCACAAUCACGAGUUACCACGGUUCCACAAUCGGACCCGGCUGUCUGGAGACCUGAAAGAUGGCGACUGUUCCCUGAUUAUAAACAACAUCAGACGGGAAGAAGCAGGACAUUAUUUUUUCAAAAUAGAAUUUGACAGCUGGAACAGUUACAGCUACUAUCCUGUAACCCAGCUUCACGUUUCUGUUGGACUGUCACAAGAGUGGAAAGGUGACAUUCCACGAGAGGUGACAGCGCAGGAAGGUUCGUAUGUACAGAUUCCGUGUCAUUACAGUUAUCCAUCGUGUCUGGAAAACCAACCGCGAGGUGGAGUCUGGUUUAAUAAAGAGAAACAGAUUCCCUGGGCUCCCAUUGCCUUUCACUCCAAGGAUCACAAUCACGAGUUACCACGGUUCCACCAUCGGACCCGGCUGUCUGGAGACCUGAAAGAUGGCGACUGUUCCCUGAUUAUAAGCAACAUCAGACGGGAAGAUGCAGGACCUUAUUUUUUCAGAAUAGAAUUUGACAAUGGUCCGAGCCAUAACUAUUACCCUGUAACCCAGCUUCACGUUUCUGAUUUCACAGAUAAACCCACGAUAUUCCCUGCUGAAAUUAUUGCAGGAAAGCGUGUGGAUGUAAGCUGCACCUUCAACACAACGUGCAAUGGAACAGCAGCACCUGUCUUAACCUGGGACACUCCCACUGACGUACCUGGAUCAGUCUCAAACACUGUAACUCAGCAUGGUGUCACUCUGACCUACACUUCUGUUCUGACCCUGAUCCCAUCACUCAAACACCACGGACACACACUCAGCUGCAGAGUGAGAUAUCCAUCUGUUUCAUCGGAGCGGACCCUCGUACUAACUGUGCAAUAUAAGCCGGAGAUUUCCCAGCAGUCGGAGUGCACUCAGAGGUCAGAGGGGGUCACCUGCGUCUGUGUGGCCAACUCCAACCCACCCGGAGACCUCACCUGGCACCUGCCCAGUGCCAACAUCAGUGGUAACCAAACACACGGAGGUUUUGUGUCGUGGCAGGUCAGAGAUGGGCAUCUGGUGACUGGUUCCCUCACCCUGAUGAGACCCCAGGAUGAGGCGGGAGUGAUGGCAUCCUGCUCGGUUCAAAACCCACACGGGGAAGCCAUGUUCAAGGUGUAUCUGUGGGUCAAAGGUAGAGACUCCAGUAAAUGGACAGUAGGAUUGCUCACGGCUGGGAUCAUGUUGAGUGUUUUCCUGGUUGGAAUGUUCAUCUUCAUCUGUGUGAGAAAGAGAAAGACAACGACAGAGGAGAGAGUUUCAGGGACCAGUGACAUUGCAUUGACCCCCAGUCCACUCUCUGUGAAGCACCAGGGUAAACAGAAUGUGCUGAUUACUGAGACCUGGGACACAACCAGAGACACAACUAGCGAGGGGGAGACCCCAGUUCCCCGGGGUCUCUCUGAAGGUCCAGUGGGAGGCGAUGCUGGAUAUGGGAACCACUACAAACCCGACGAGCUUUUCUACGCCAAUCCCCAAGUCUUCAGGGUGCCCAGUGGUGAUGGGUCUGUCCACAGGGAAGAGGAGACGGAAUACGCACAGAUCAGAUUCAAGCGAAACUGAGUGUGAAACGGGAAGAGGGGGUGAGCAGGUUUGUGGAUGGGGGCAGGGAUUGUGAUUCCUUGGAACAUGAGACAACCCACUGGGGGAGAGGGGGAGAGAGGGAGGAAGGGACUGAAUGGGUCUGUGGUUGGUGUGGUUUGGAAUGAAAUGUUUCCCCAGAGACGACUUGAUGCUGAGUCAUUGGGGACAGAGAUUCAGUGUCUCUCUCUCUCCCAGUCUGUCUCUCUAUCUCUCUCUCCUUCUCUGUCUGUCUCUCUCUCUCUCUCUGUCUCUCUCUCCUUCUUUGUCUCUCUCUCUCUCUGUCUCUCUCCCUCUGCAUCUCUGUCUAUCUCUCUCCUCCUUUAACAUGGUCUUUAUUAACUGGCUUUGUUAACUCAGCUUUUUGUCACCUGUCCCUUAUAUCUCAUUAUUUGUCUCAGAGAUGGAUUUAUAUGUGGUUAACAAUCCCCUGAAGAGUUUUGGGACAGUUUGCUACAUUAAGUGUGCUAUAUAAAUGCAAGUUGUUGUAGUAAUGUUGAUCUGCCUCGAUUCAGAAUGGAAACACGGAGAAUCCUUCGACAGGGCGUGUGUGCAACAGGCUCGCAAUAAAUACAUUGCACGGCAACAACUAAGCAUGUCCUUUGAUGCUGAUGCAUCCCAGUCCUGCUGUGUGGACACAUCACAACCGAGGGACUGCCUGACUGCGUGCAGCCAACAUGGCCGAAUAGUAAUUAGCAAAAAUGUGACAUCACUGAACUUUGUUAACAUUUCAGAAUGUGCUUUCUGAAUUCUGCAACUUGUUUAUUCUGUGAUAGAUUACAAGAAGCUUUUGCAUUUUCUAUAAUAUUACAUUUAUUGUCACAAGGGAUUGAAAUGCCCAGACAACUCUGUACAGAUAUAUUUUUAUUAAACAUCUUACUCUGGGA